AUGUUGCCGACAUCGGAUCGCGCAUCCAAGUAUGUGGAUGAAGCAGGUAUUGGCAGCGUUGUCCCAACACCAACAGCAAAUUCAAACUCUCAAGCUCUUUCUGACCUUCAUUCCUCGUCGAAAAUCGAGGAGUCGAUUGCAAUGGGAGCGAUGAAACCUGUAAAAGUUUUGGAACACAAAUCUUCUCGAAUCGACAUCAACCAGACAGAGAAUAUUCUACAACAACAAGACCCACACCCUGAUCCGUUCGGGAAGAAAAGUUUCGUUGGAGUUGUGAAGACUGCCAUGAAAAAAACUGAGUGCUACCAAAUGCCACCAUUAUAUACGAGAUUGCAAAAUAAACAAUGUGAUGAUGACGUUGACGGAUACCCUUCGGAUAUGAUCGUUCGAAAUUGGAUGAUGUCAGCGCACGAUCCGGAAGAAGAUCGUUCCUCGAACGCUAACGCUUCCCUAGUGUUUGAACCGCCACCUCAGACCGAUAACGUCCCGAUUCUUUCCACUCCUGAAGAGAUUUUUGAGAUCGAAACUACUGGCUUUGAAAUAAUCAAGGCGAAAUUUCUGGAAUGGACCAGGCGCCUAAUCUACUUCUAUGUGUCACCUGGUGGCCAUUUCUAUUACUAUUGGACGUGUAUUGUUUCAUUUGGAUUACUGUAUAAUAUGAUGGCUAUGGUAAUAUUCAUAUUCGACGACGUCUACAUAGGCUACUUCUAUCAUUGGCUUUAUUUGAACAUUUUCUUCGAUUGUAUCUUUUUGCUCGAUAUUCUAAUUCAAUCAAGAACGACCUACAUUUUUGAUGGAAGUGAAGUGAAGAACGUAAGAAUGACUACGAAGAACUACUAUAAAAGCUACCGAAUAUAUCUUGAUGUGCUUGCGUUAUUUCCAACUGACUUAUUCCUUAUUCUUCAAAGCACAAUUUCAUUGGUCAGAGCUAUACGUCUUUUAAAAGUCUAUCGACUGAACGAUUUUGUCGAUAAGACACAGAAACGGACCUCAUUCCCUCACGGCUCGAAGAUCGCUCUUCUUAUCACUGCAUGCUACAUUCUUUUCCAUUGGAAUGCAUGCGUGUAUUUUCUGUUCAGUUUGGCCGAAGGAUUAUCAGAGGAUGAUACGGGUGCUUUCGGAUUUUCCUAUUACAAAGUGUUCGAUCCUCGAUUCCCAACAUGUUCCGUAUUCAAUGAUCAGAACUGUCAGUUUAAAGAAAAUUACACUCUACUUGAUAUUGAUGACCAUCGACCCAAAUACAUGGAAGAGAUGUACGCUUUCUGGGAAGGAAAAUUUAUCAAAUGGGAAAUGGGCAACUUCUCUCGAGAGUACAGUAUGAGCAUCUAUUGGUCAGCGCUUACAAUUACCACUUGUGGACAACAGCCCUAUCCGUCGUCAUCACCUCAAAAUAUGCUUGAAGUGAUCGACACGCUUAUCGGUGUCCUGGUUUUUGCAACAAUUAUUGGUGGUGUCGGUAGUGUUGUGACGCAAAUGAAUGAAGAUGUCUACGAUUUUCGACAAAAAAUGGACGGCAUAAGAUUUUAUAUGAAAUAUCGGAUGGUAACUCCAGCCAUACAGGAUCGUGUGAUCUCUUGCGUAACCUAUAUGCAUUCCCAGCAUCAACUUAAUGAUGAACAGGAAUUGUUGUAUGUGCUCCCGCCAAGGCUGCAAGGUCAAAUCGCUGUGAAUCUCCAUAUGGAAACUCUCAAGAAAGUGGAGCUCUUCAAGCAGUGCAGCGCCGGUUUUCUUUACGAGGUUGUUCUACGGAUCAAGCAACAGAUUUUCAGCCCUAAUGAUUAUCUGUUCAGAGCAGGAGAACGAGCAAAGGAAAUGUUUAUUGUGAAACGAGGAACCUUACGAGUUAUUGAUGAAGAUCACACUAUACCGAAUAUAACCCUUACCGAUGGUGCCACAUUCGGUGAACUAUCCGUGAUACUUAUUGCCGGAAAUCAGUUGGGUGAUCGAAGAGCUGUAUCGUUACGUUCCGAAGGCUAUUCGGAUGUGUAUAUUCUAAAUCAGGAUGAUGUUUCCUCGAUUUUACAAGAAUAUCCAACGGAUAGAGGAAUUCUUGUCUCUAAUGCACGUGAAAUGCUGAGAUCACGAGACCUGCUCUCCGACGAAGCGGUCGAAUCCACAGAACAACCCCUGAACAUGCUAUCGCUGGACGAACAGCUGAACAAAAUGAAAAAUGAGAUUGGAGAUCUCGAAUCCCAGCUGAACAACAUGUAUUCGUCAUUUAAUAAUCUCUCCACCGACAUGAAGCGACGAAUCACAGCUGUCGAACGAAUCUUCACACGAAAUCGAAAAAAGAUUAAACUUGACUGUAUGCGAGGGAAAUUACAACUAUAA